AUGAAUGCGCACAAUGAAAUUAAGGUCCGAGAAGAGGACGACGAUGUAAUGAUUAUCGAAGAUACAAUAGCUGGCGAAAAAAACCCUUGGUCUGAUGACAUUGAUACUUGGGAACCGGAAAGAUAUGAAGUAGAGAAUGUAUUAUCAAGAAAAUGGGAAAAUGGUCGAGAAUUAUUUCUGGUACAAUGGAAAGGGUAUUCGAAAGACACUUGGGAACCCCGGGAGAACCUCGACAGUUGCCCUGAGCUCUUGGAAAAAUUUUUCCAAAUGGCCCAGGAAACAGAACUCAUUCCUCAGGUCAAUGUAAACACUUGUAAAAAUUACGAAAACAUCUGGAGGAUUGGCCCUGAAGAAAAAAGAUUAUUUCAGGAAAAUUAUAAAAUGGGACAAAUGUUUAACGAGGAUGUGUACAACAAGCUAAUACUCAAGAAAUGCGGAGAAAGAGAAAGAAGAAUUAAUUAUAGUGGUAAAGAUAGCAUCGCGGAAGAUUAUAAGAUUGAGGAUGUACCAUUGAGAGUAGAUAAGGAGAAAAGAAGGUGA